AUGUCUUCAUCUGCAGAGAAUGAAACACACAGCAAUGGUGGUUAUACUAACAGAGGGUUGAAAAAGGGUCCAUGGUCAUCGGAAGAGGAUGAAAAAUUGAAAGCAUAUGUGUACUCCCUGCAAGCACAAUAUCCAACAAAAAAGGGAGUUAGAAAUUGGAAUUCAGUAUCAAAAAGUGCAGGUCUUAGUAGAUGUGGUAGAAGUUGUCGUUUGAGAUGGAUGAAUCACCUAGAUAAAGAUGUGAAAAAGGGCCCAUUCAGUAAAGAAGAAGAAAAAUUAUUCUUUGAGUUACAUGCUAAGCUUGGUGGAUUCAAAUGGAGUAAAAUGGCUCUACAGUUGAAGGAUGUGAUUCUCAUUGGUUUGGAAUGGUUGUUGGUUCAGUUUUUGGUCUGA